UACUUGUACUGUAUUUGCCUUUCUCCGACCUGUAUUAGCUUUCGAAUGAAGAUCAACCUUGGCUUGAGUUGAACUCGUUUGCUGUUGGCUUUUCAAAACUGUAGUAUCAUAGAAAGGCACUGACAACCGGCUCCAGAGGCGUUGGCUUCGUCGUUAGCGGACCGCAGUGCACUGUCGACAAUCGCGGUCGCUAGGAAGGAGGGUGCGUAAAAUAAGCAGGCUGAUACCGCGUACAGCAUUACGGUGGAGUGAGGGCUGAUUUUAUCAUUUUAGUCUCUGGUCUCUACGUCUUUGCCCAUUGCAACCAGAAAAGACGACGCUCCGCCCAGACUGGGAGCGUCCACCAAACUAGCAAAAUGGCUGCCAAAUACUUCCCUCUCCCGCCAUCUGGUGGGAUGUCAUCCAUGGCUAAGCAGAAGCAGCGAGCGCCGAAGACGGCGGAGUCGCUGCUGGAGUACGAAGAUUACUUGGUCAUCUGCUGCCCGAAGUGCUUCGGAUUUCCCUCCGCCGCGUCCACCUGCUGUCGUCCGCAGCUAUCCGCUACAGGCAGCGAUCCAACGGCCACCCCAGGCACGACUUCGUUGGUGAAACAGACGCAGGCGGAUAGCAGCACUGCCGACCAAGGCAGCAGCACGGAGUCGACCAGUUCUAUACCAGCGCCGAGUCGGCAUGACGGCGAUACCAACGAUGUCGCCGCCAGGACCUCGGCCGCGGCUGACGCCAGCAUGCUAAGCACGAGCACGGAGAGCAGUCGGAACCUUGCGCUGCUCUCGUGCUCGUUACCGCCGCGUCGAGACACUCAGUUCAGCAUCGUGCACGAGGAGAUUGACGACUUUGAGUACGACGAAGGUAAUCGCUUCAUCAGAGACAGAGAUCUAUAGCCUGGUUCACAACCCAGUGCAUAGCCUGGUUCAUUACCCGGUUCAUACUGUGACCUGGUUCAUCACCUGGUUCAUAUCCCGGUUCAUAACCUGGCAUAACCCGGUUUAUACUCUGGUUCAUAACCCGGUUCAUAGCCUGGUUCAUAACCUGGUUCAUACAUACGACUUGCCACUGAUGAUGACAAUUUCUGUGCCACGUCAGCUUCAGAAAUCUUGAUAAUGUUCAAAGUCUGCAGGAAUCUCAAUCUUCAAUGUUGUCCAAAUAGGUGCCGUACUAUCGGUAGAUGCAAACUCAAGUGCCACUACAAUUUAUAGAUGCGCACACCAGCGUGUGGAUUUAGCUUACUUUUGCUGCCAACCUUGUCAUGCAGAACAGCCACUUUGGCGGCGCUAUUCAGAGAGAGUGAGAUAGCAACGCAUCUCGUAUUUCCGACGGUCCGAAGUUGUCGGUACAACCUAGCAUGUAACAGUUACAUGAUUGUAUAUGUUACAUGCGGCCUGCUGACCAUUGCUCAUACAUGAUACUUACAGACGAGUACCAUGAACGGUUGGUUGCUCCAACCAGGAACACACGCUUCUUGUCGAACUUCUAAGACGAGUACCAGUGCUUGAAACAGUAUGAUAGUGUAUCUUAGUAGUAAGGUGUUUCAUGGCCCAGUAUUGUACGCGUAUGUACAUGUAGAUCAUGCUGAAACUGAGCGCAGUGCUAAGUUCUGCUAUCCUUGAGUUGCAUUGUACAGCUGGUCAUUGCAAUUGUUCCAAACGGUGGACUCAA